AUGGCGUCUCUGACAUCAGAGUCGCCGACGCCAGGCCGCAUUGCCCGAACACUUAUCCUUCUUUUUGUCAAAGCAAGUCGCCAUAAGAUUUUGCAAAGAUUUCUUCCAAAACAGAUUGGCCUUCUUCACAUAUCUGACACUUGCAUCAAGGCUACACAAGGCGGAAACUUGUCUGGAGCCUUCGCCAUACAAUUUGUCGCUAGCUACACAUCCAUUCCCGUACCAAAGCAUAUCAAGGGGAAAAUGGCGGUGCAUGGUUGGACAAGUCGCUCCGAUGAAUCAAAACCGCGAAUAUUGGAGCAAUUGCGUGGCAUGGUGGUCGAGCUUCGCUCUGUCAAACCCCCAGAAGGGACAAAGGUUAGCAGUGUCGAGGGCGGGCCUUUCUAUGACUGCCGGCUACCGUCAAGGCUCUACUGGGGUCCCUACGCCAGCGUCCACGAGUUCCAUGGGGCGCUGAUUGAUAACAUUCCCUGGGAUGUCGACUACACCAACUACCCUGACCUUGUUGGACUCUUUUAA